UGUAGUCAGAUUGUUCAGAAGGGUUUUAGGGACUAUAUAACAUUGUUUCAUAAUAAAAUGGAUUUUCUUCUUAUCUCAAUUUAUACAGCAUCUUUUACACUUCGAUUCUUGUGUAUGUAUAAGUUUUGGAGCGCUCGACGUGAAAUAGAACAAUCAACCUCACUUGAUCCUGACAAAGCUUUUUACACAAUUUAUUGGUUAAAUGCCGAUCGAUUUUACUGGGAUACAUCGGAUCCAACCAACAUAUCAGAGGGUCUGUUGGCUAUUGCUAGCAUCUUAAGCUUUGUCAGAAUUAGUAAAAUUUUUACAGUGUUUAAAAGUCUUGGAAUUUUACAGAUAUCACUUCAAAGAAUGUUAAUGGACAUUGUUAGAUUCACGAGUCUUUUCUUUUUCGUAAUGUGGGCCUUUAUCCUUGGUCUACACAACCUAUUUCAGUACUACGAUCAUCCCGAAAAUCUGGAGAUUGAAAAUAGGAACAUGACAAUUAAUGCCAAACAAAGUUUUGGAACUUUAAAAGCGGGAUUUACAACAGUAUUUGGAUCCUUAUUUGGACGAGGUGAACCAGAUGUUGUUCUAUUAAAUGAAUAUAAUAAUAAUGUAACAGAAGAAUUUGGUUUUAUUAUAUAUUGGGUUUAUAACACAACAUUUGUGAUAGUUUUACUGAAUAUGUUGAUCGCCAUAAUGACCAGAUCAUGUCAAAAAAUAGCAGAAGACUCUGAUGUAGAAUGGAUGUUUGCUAGGAGUGUGUUAUUUAUGGAAUAUAUCGAUAGUACGGAUGUGUUACCAGCGCCUUUUAACAUCAUGUUCGCCCCUACAAUGAUUUUUAAAUCUUUAUAUUAUUUAUGUUGCCACAGUUCAGAUGAAGAUGUAGCCACGGUCGAAGAGUCAGUGGGAACCGGGACAGCAAAUCUAGCUGACGGCAGCUUCGCCAUUGAGAUGACAGAAACAAAUGAAUCAACAUCGACCGAACGAAAUUUUCCGACCACAUCUUCAAUAAACGAGGAGCCAGAGCUCGAUGAACAAAUAACUUAUACGAAAGUUAUGCGAAGAAUUGUUCAAAGAUAUAUAUUCGACAUUCAAAGUCAAAGAGAAGCGGAAGUGACUAAAGAUGACUUUGAAGAAAUACAAGAAGACAUUUCCAUUGACUUUAAAGAAAUAAAACAAGACAUUUCCAACCUGGCGAACAACCUGAUUACCAUGAAGAAGCAAAUUGAAAGUUUACACAGUGAAUUAAGUGGGCGUAAUGGAUCUUGCGAAGGCCGCAAAAAAGAACCAACUAAAGCCUCUGUCGUGUGUCGGAUCGCGGCACCGGAGGCCAUCGAGGCUUCGGUCAAAGAUAAAAAGGAAAAUUGAAGAAAGGAUAGUGAAAGUUUUUUUUAGCCCUUUUUCAAUGGGAUUGUCAGUUCUUAUACAUUUUUUAUAUAUAUAUUGACAACAUUAUACACAAAAUACUACAAUUUUGCAUUUAAAGCUGGCCGAUAUUUGUCAAUAGAAUAUGUCUCUUUGGCUUCUAAUAAAUCAUUAUUAUUGCUUUUUAGCUUGUACAUCGGAAAAACACUAAAUUUGCAACCACCACAAACAUCUAUAUGUCCACUAAAGGGGAUCAUCCUUUUAUGUGGAUUGAGUAUAUGAUGUCGAUAGAGGUUCAUCCUUGUCUUUAGCAUACUUAUAGUUUUUCCAAUGUAUAGAGAGAGAGAAAUGGGGUUUAACGUCAAUUCGACACAAACUAGGUCAUUUCGGGACUAACACAUAUGGUUCAAUUUUAUUUCAAUAAUUCGCUUGCGCGUAGGGGUCUUUAGCAUUGGGAGGAAACCAUAGGACCCGGAGAAAACCCACGAGGUUGGACAGGCGACCUACUCCUUGUCACGUAUAACCGGGGAAUCGAAACCCCGCCAGUUGACUCAAU